UUCGCAAUGUUAUUCUAUGGCUGACACUGCUGUCGUUGUCAUGCCGACUGGGUGCCGGUCAGGGUGUGAAGGCGACUCGUUCAAAGUUCAAUGCCGCCGUCAUCCAAGCGGCAGUCGGGGUGGACGCGAGGAUUGCCGAGGCAGACAGACUUGACAAGAGCGCAUUUGAUGAAGGCACAGACCGAGUAAUACCCGGUCGGAAGGAUUCUUCAGGGCCACAUCUGCUGACUUCCGCUACCGCAAAUGGGAUCGGUCGGAUGGGUCGGGCCUUCCUAGAGAUCGCCAGAAAUAUUAUAAGCAGCAUGAAAAUUCAUCCUGAAGACGCUGGUCGGCAGAUAACCGCCGCUAGGAUCACGCCGCCGAAGGCCCUGCACUGUCCUUUCCAAAAACCCAACUGUGACCGUUCAGUGAAGUUCCGGACGAUAGAUGGAUCUUGUAAUAACGUGGCCAAUCCCCUGUGGGGGAGAUCGCAGACGCCUUUUGAGAGAUUAUUGUUGCGUCAUGCAAAGGCCAACUUGGAUUGCUGCACGAAGCCAAAGAGGCCAGGUUGCUUCCCAAUAGAUAUCCCACCGAAUGACCCUUUCUUCCCGCCAAAUCGCACGUGCAUCAACAUGGUUCGAGCUCUACCAACAACUCCACUUGACUGCACCAUAAGUGUCCGUCAGCAGUUGAACCAGAUCACACACUACCUGGACGGCUCGGCCAUCUAUGGCUCCUCGGACGACGAGACCCGUGACCUCCGCACUCUCACUGGGGGACUUCUCAUGACAAGCCCCAACAACCUGUUACCGACUGCGACUACGACCGAAACUUGCUGUAUCAUGUUCGACCCGAACAAGAAGUGCUUCAAGGCUGGGGACGCCCGUGUGAACGAGCAGCCGAUGCUAAUGUCCAUGCACACGGUCUGGAUGCGGGAACACAACCGCCUUGCGCGCGGCCUCGCGCUCCUGAAUCCCACCUGGGACGACGAGCGACUCUUCCAGGAGGCACGCAGAAUCUUGGGCGCCGAGCUCCAGCACAUCACAUACAACGAGUUUCUUCCGGCAGUACUGGGGCGCACAGUUAUGGAAAAAUACGGAUUGAAGCCACUUUCAAACGGUUAUUUUAAUGGUAAAUAUGCUGAUACCGAGCAGCCAAUAAUACGGAGCGCGUUUGCGACUGUCGCCUUCCGGUUUGGCCACAGCCUCAUCUGGCAGAGAGUGCUUGCCCAUAAUGGCGCCAUCAAGGUAUCCAAUCGCCUCCUCAAGUACGAAUUCCUGAAGCCCGACCUCGUCCAUACGCGGGGUGUCAUGGCCAUAUGUCGGGGCCUCACACGUUCACCGGUGGAAAGUGUGGACAAAUCGCUCAAUGACCAAAUUACAAAUCACCUGUUUGAGCGGGAUGAAGGUUUCGGCGGGGACCUCGCUGCUACAAAUAUCCAACGGGGGCGGGACUAUGCCAUCCCUGGCUACCAGGCGUUUCGGCGCUUCUGUGGACUGGCCGGCCAGUUCUCACACACAACGGCUGUACAGCAACAGCUCGAACAUAUAUAUAGGUCACCAGAGGACAUCGAUCUGUUUCCCGGUGGCGUGUCUGAAAUCCCCGUCAACGGGGGAAAGGUUGGCCCGACCUUUGCCUGCCUUAUUGGCCGCCAGUUUAAAUCACUAAACAAUGGAGACAGAUUCUACUAUGAAAACAGCGGCGACACCGCAUUCUCAGGGAACCAGCUGCAGGAAAUCAGGAAGGUUACGCUCGCUUCUCUCUUUUGUGCUAAUACAGACAUUGGUACCAUACAGCCGAAAGCAUUGAAAAGUAUACGGCCAGGAAACACUCUUGUCAACUGCAAUAACAUUCCGCACUUAGACCUAAAUCCUUGGCGGUCGAUCGUCAAGAUGUAG